AUGUAUCUCAAUAAGUGGUCCAAUAUUAGGGACAAUUGGGUUCGUUCAUACAAACAAUUUAAAAGAAAUGAACGAUCUGGAUCUGGUGCAAAUAAAUCCAAAAAAUAUAUAUAUCACGAACAGUUAAGGUUUUUAGAAAAAGUAGUCGACAAAAGACCUACAAUUUCAAGCUUAUCAAAAGAUAAUGAUAUCUUUGAAGAGGAAAAUUACCGCAGUAUAAUUGACGAAUUUUGUGAUGCUGUAGAAAAUGAAAAUACGGCUGAAGAAACUGUUUCGAUCAAAUUCAAUUCGAAAUCUCCGAUGUCUUCAAAAACCACAUUACCAAAAAGAAAAAAACAGAUGAUUUUGAAGACAGAAUCUUAA